UCGACCGCGAGGUCGCCUCUGAGAUCGUGCGUCUCUCCCAACUUUCAGCGUAACAAUUCCAUUUUCAAACUAAUUCUUAAAUUGAUUCUUAUUUCGUAUUUAUGAAUUCAAAGAAGAAUUCUAUUUUUAAAUUCUCUGAAAAGUUCGUGACUAGUUUGUGGAUAAGUGGAGUUUUAGACAACUUUAUGAACAAUUUUGACUUCUUUAAUUAUAGUAAGACGAAUGCACGACGAGAUUUAUUUCGGGCGAAGGUGUGAAGAUAAUGUGCAAAAGAUUUAUCAAGCCGGGAUGCUGUGGAAAGAUUUAAUGACAUUUUGUGUACAUUAGAUGGCAAAAUGCAUACAUAUAACUCAACCGACCUCGAGCAUGACAACUCGUCUGAAGGCGGCUAUACGCCGUAUAGUGAUCGGAUAGAAACAUACCUGGUGCCGGUCAUAUUUGCUAUUAUAUUUAUAGUAGGCGUUCUGGGCAAUGGGACGCUAGUCAUUGUCUAUGUCCGACACAGGGGCAUGAGAAAUGCACCUAAUACAUACAUAUUCUCAUUGGCGCUGGCAGAUUUACUCGUGAUUCUCAUCUGCGUGCCCUUUGUAUCGGUCAUAUACACGCUGGAGUCGUGGCCCUGGGGAGAGGCGAUCUGCAGGAUAUCGGAGACUGGGAAGGACAUCAGCAUUGGAGUAUCAGUGUUCACCCUCACAGCGUUGUCGGCUGAACGAUAUUGUGCGAUUGUCAACCCUUUUAGGAAGUUGCAGCUUCGAAAACUGCCAUUGGUCUGUGCAACAAUCAUAUGGGCGGCUGCACUGAUCUUCGCGGCACCGGCGGCGUUCUUCUCCAGCACUAUUUAUCAUGAAAUCGAAAACAAUUAUACUAUUAUAUACUGCUCGCCAUACCCUGAGACUUGGGAUAAUUAUGCCAAAUGGAUGACAUUAACGAAAGCGAUCGUUUACUACGCGCUGCCGCUCCUCGUGAUCGCAUUUUUCUACUCGCUAAUGGCGCAACGGCUGCUGGCGAGUACCAAGGAGAUGCCGGGCGCGCUACACGGCGGCCAAGGCGAGGCGCAGGCUAAGGCGAGGAAGUCCGUCGCCUGCAUGGUCUUGAUAUUUGUUAUUGUGUUCUUCAUCUGUUUCCUGCCGUACCACGCUUUGGAAGUGUGGUACUACAUGUCACCGACUGCGCAGUCGGAUUACAAUGACUUCACACACGCGUUGAGAAUAAUCGCUUUCUGUCUAAGUUUCCUCAACUCCUGUGUAAACCCGGUCGCGCUAUACUGCGUCAGCGGCGUCUUCAGGCAACACUUCAACCGCUACCUCUGCUGUCAGCGAAGCGCUCUCCACCCUACCUGCAGCUCUAGGCUGUCAAGAACUGCCAUAUGCGAGACCUCCUUUAGAAGCACGCAACGACACCGCUGCAAUAGGAAUCCAACGGAGAGCAUCGUGAUAUCAAACUACGAUUAUGCCAACACCAAGAAGAAGAAUAACAUCAUAUCGAGAAACAGCACCGAUGGGGUCACCAUCAUGACCGUCAGAGACUCCAAUGACUUCAUGAAUGACGUCAACGAAAAGUGCAUCGAAAGGUAGACAGUUAGUUAUUCCUAUUAAGAAGUGUAAAAGGAACAAUUAGUGAAGAACUUUGUAGUUAAUCAAAGAUUAAUUAGAAAGAUAAAGAGACUUUUCACAAUCAAAAUCAUUCGCAAUCAUAAAAUAAUGCCUUAUAUAAAUUACGUGGAGUAUUGUUUUUUUUAGAUAAUAUCGCGACUGUGUUAUGAAUUGUAAAUAAAUCUGAAAUUUCCUCCUUCAAUCUGCGUUUCCUGAUUCUUAAACCCUGGGCUAUAAGACGAUUACAGAUAGACAUUUUCUCGGCAUGCGCGAUUUACCGUACAUACAUAGUUGUAAAGAAUUAAAAAAAAAACGUGUAGAUGUGCCUAGAAGAUGUCUAUCUGUAAUCGUCUUAUAGCCCAGGAUUGAAGGAGGGAAUUCCAGAAUUAUUUACAAUUCAUAAAAUAAAAAGAAAACCCAUUUCCAAUUCAUAGAUUAACAUAAAAAUAUUUCUUUACUGGUGAAGUAAUUUAUAGAAGGCCUUAUAUUAUGAUGAUAUAUUUAGAAUUUAGAUAUACAUUUAAUGUUAUAUUGGAUAAUAUACUGUUCGAGAUAAAUAUAGAUUAAGUGCUCGCAUAGAUCGGAAGUUUUAAUAUGCUAAGUUACGAAAAUGUUUAUAUUUAUAACCAAAUGUAAAAGCAAUGUAAAUAAUAAAUAUAAUUACUUAGCCGACGCCUCACGCUUUCACCCGAGUAGUUCCCGUUCUCGUGAGAAUACGAAAAUAUAGUGUAGCCUAUGACACUCCAAAAUAACGUAAACGUUUUCCAAAAAGCCUACGUGCAUAAACUUGAAAUAUUUAAUUUAGUUUCCUUUUGAAUUAAAAGACAUGUUUAAAUCAAGUAAGGGUCUGCAUUGGUGUUUCUAGCUACAUUUUUCAACUAAUUUUCAAUGGCUCCGCAGUUAAAUAUUUAUAGAUAUAUGGUAUAAUAAUAUAACAAAAAAUAUUGUAAAUAUUAUAUCCGCUAUUAUUUAAUGCCAAAGAUUGAAGACAAAUUUAUUUUUAGUAGGAUAUCAUAGUGUCUUAACUUUUUAUUUUAACCGUUUUAUGAUGAUUUUUUACCUAUAGCGAUAAGUACAUCAUCAUCAUAUCAGCCGAUGGACGUCCACUGCAGGACAUAGGCCUUUUGUAGGGACUUCUAAACAUCACGAUACUGAGCCACCUGCAUCCAGCGAUAAGUUAUUAUAACAAAAUUAUUAAGAAAUAGUGUAUAUUAAAAUGACCAAACAAUAACAUGAAGUAAUUCAAUAUUAAAUAUCUGCCGAUAAUCAAAUAGAGCAAUUAAUUAUUCGAAUAAUUUGUCAUCAUGCAACUUGUGAUGAAUUUAUGAUCGUCGAAGAACGACAAGCGAAUAAAUUUGUCGACACUGUCGUUAAUUAAAAUGUACAAAUUGCAUAUUUGUAUUAAAAUGACAUAAUAUAAUUUAUUAUUGAGCAUAGUAAGUAUAAUUCGCAAACCAUAUUUUAACUGUACAAGGUAAAAUUGAAAAUUUUGAUAAACCCAAAGAUCAUGAAGCGAACUAGAAUAACGAUUUUUAUAGAAAUUAUUUCCAUCAUAACAGAAAAUUUUAAAUGCAAAGAAAUUUAUUUACUAACCGGUUUUUAAAUAAAAAAAACGUAUGGAAAUCUGUCCAUCAGUUUGAGAAUACGAUGUCACAAACAGAAACAGACAGCCAGACAUCGAUGUCAAACUUAUAAAAUCUCUCUUUUUACGUCAGGGGUUAAACAUUUUAGGGGCCAGUGGCAAAAUCUGAUGGGUCAUUUGAACCACCAUAAGACCUGAAACAAAACCGACCUUGUGGCGCACUAUUUUUGUUUUCUAAUUAUUUUUCAUGGAUUUAUUGAUGGUAAAUAUGUCGUACAAAAUAUAUAUAUAUCUCAAAAUUUACUCCCUCUACCAGCUGUGCUUUUGAAUUCUAUCAGUUGGACAUCUUACAAAUGACGGCAAAGUGUUGAAUGUUUUAUGGCCCUAUAGCUUUUUUAACAGUUCUCCUGGUGCUUCAAAUGUCCCAUCAAUUUUUGCCACGGACUUGUAGAGUAUGAAGGUUGAAUAAAUAAAUACAUUAUGGUCGAAGUUUCUGUGAUAGCCAAAUCUUCGGCGUUCGUGAUCGUCGUUGUUGUCGUGGUCAUCGUUGUUUAUUCUACCUAUACUCCGUGUUUCGCGUCAUCGUACUGUUACGCUAACCGCAUGGCGGGACGGGACGGGACGCCAGAGAGGUCGUCGAACUUGUUUAUUCGCCCCUUGAAUAACCGCAAAUCAGCCAUGAUAUACGAUACUUUGAUUAUAGACAUACACUACGCCAUGAUGGCAUGACAACUAGGGUCAUAAAUCAAAUUAUCGACCCCUUGCUCGCACUUGUAACACUUAUAGAGUGCUGUCAAUGCGAUGCGUAACUUUGAUGGAUGGGCUAUCGAUAUAAGACGUUAAGGUGGGACUAGCUUGCAAAAAGAACAUGUAAUUGAACUCAUAACACAAUGUCGUGACUUUUCUACCAGUAUACGUCAUUGAGUUACCAUAUACUACGUACUAGAGAAGCUGUUCCAUACAAAAUCAUGCCGCAGCGUAAACAUGAAGUAUUUUGUGCAGCGCGAAACAUUAUAAGACUACCUAUUAUUAGACUAUAAACCUUGUUUUCUUGAGACCAAAACGCUGUAAGUGCCACGAAACAUAGUAAGUUAUCAAUAAACUGUGCAGCGAUAUCGCCGCAGUUGAUUUUUUUUUUCUGAUUGUGUAAGUGCCGUAGGCUCCUCAGCGGCGUCACCGGGGGGUUUGGGCGAGCGCAGAAGCAUCGCCUGAUGGGGCCCGAAGGCAGAAGCAGAGUAGAUGGGCGGAACGACUCUCUAAGGGCGUCUCCUCUAAGACUCGGACCUCGACUUAGAGGGCCAUUCGGGAAGGGUGUUUUGGCAUGAGUGUAUCAGUCCGGGCGCCCCCGAGAUCGUGAGUUAAAAAGCCCACAUCUGGGUGACGUCAGAUAUCGGGGACCUCGUCUUCGCCGGCGAAGAUGCUGUGUAGCUUGUGUUUGUUUUGCCUGGGAAGCAUUGUCGUCGCAGUUGACCGGAGCGCAGGAGUGAUGAGUCGUGUGAAGUGUCUUCUCUAGUACGCAGUACGUAGUAACUCAAUGCUAGUACGUAGUAAAUCUUCUUAAGUUUUUUAUGCUUGGAGCAUCAACACUUUCACAUAGUCUGAUUUUGUAAAGUUUAUGAAGCGAAAAGCAGCGUUGAAAAUGACAUUUAUAGUCACUAUAAAAGUACAACAGGUAUAUGAAGUUGUUGACGUGAAAAGAUAUGUUCUUUUCUGAAAUAAAAUGAAUACUAUGUUUAUUCGUGGGAUGUAAGCAAACGUAAGAUGUUAUGUCGGUGACGCUGGCUACGAAGACCUUAGUCCUAUUUAGAUAUAUACACACUUUGUUAGAAUUCCAUUGAUUCCAAUUAUACAAGUAUUCAUAAUUAUAAAGUAAAUAGGAUGUAUGUAUGUAAAUAUGUAAAAGGAAAUAUGUAGUUAUUACCUAUGAUUUGUUGGAACUAUAUUAAACUAAUUACAUAUAUAAGUUAGUCUUUAUUCAGGUUUUGUCCACACAUUACAAGUGUUAUUGUUUAUGAAGAUACGUUUACCUCUUUUCAGCCUGGUAUAUCUAGUCAGCUUGUAUAGGAAAACUAAGGCGAUAAAUAUGUGUGAUUAAAUUAGCAUUUUUAUUUAAUUUAAUUACCCUACCUUAUUGUAUUUACUUUACCUUAUUGUAACGAAAGUCAAGUCGUAAAGCUUAGCGUUGUGGCGUCAUUAUUUAAAAUGUUUUCUAUGUUAUAAUCAAUGUAUCUAUGUUUAUAGGAUCUAGCAUAGUAUGUUUUGUACAUAGCUUUCAUAGAAUUGUAAGUCUUCUACUGUGACUUUGUAAAUUGAGGCAGUCUAAUUAUGUUAAUAAAAAUAAAGAAAUAUUUA